AUGAAGUUUUUGAUUUCAUUAUUUGUCUUUAUCAUUUUAUUGAUUUUUGUGUCGACUGAAGAAGAUGAAACGGAAAUGGAUACUCGAAUUACGAGUUAUUUGAAACAGUGUGGAUUUUUGAACUCAUUAAAAACAACGAAAUGUGUUUUGGUUUGUUUUUCUACUGUGAAAAUUUGUUAUAAAUCUUGUUGAGUUAUAGGCAAGUCGAAAGAUAAAAUCAGAGAGCAAAAAGAUCGCGGCGUCCAAGAAACAUGAUCUAUCAAAACUACAGGAAGCAUGCAAAUCUACGGUAUCCUGUUUACAAGAUCUCAAAUGUCGUCCAGCGGAAGAAGAUCAUAAAGAUACGAUUAAUUUUUGUUGGAGAGCUAAUUUCGAACAGCAUUUUGCAGAAUGCCGUCAGAAAUUAAGAUCGAUUGAAAAUUCAGAAGAAGGAUCGUGUUUGAAACAAAAAGCCAGAACAAAUAUCAAAGGAGAGGUAAUAUUAUUGUGAAUUAUAUUUAAAAAAAUACUUGGAUCAGAAAUUUUUAGGUAACUCAAACUGAACGAUGUAAUUGGUUACGCGAAUCAAAAACAUGUAUGCUGACAAACACUGAAAAACAAUGUGGAAAAAAUAAAUCAAAUGAUUGGCUGAGAUAUUCAAGUGAAUUAUAUACUUCAAAUGAUUGUUUGAAGUUGACUGGUUUGCAAUUUGAUUCUUCAAAACUCUAA